AGCCUAUAUACAUCUAUAAUUAAACAAGCUACUGCAUCUCUUUUGAUUCGCGCCAAAUCCGGCGAUGUUUGAACCUUUCUCUCCUAAACCACUUCCACUUCCUGCUUCCUGUCUGUUAUUCUCUAACAGAUUCAUCGCUUCGGGUUCUAGACUCAUCUCACUGAUCCAGGACGCAGCACAUUGAGCGAGCCAACGCAAUAUGGAGCAGUACCUCCGAGAAAACUUCGAUGUCUCCUCCAAGCGGCCGUCGGAGGCGGCCCUCCGCCGCUGGAGAUCCGCUGUCGCUAUUGUCAAGAAUCCCCGCCGCCGCUUUCGCAUGGUCGCAGACCUCGCCAAGCGGGCCGAGGCUGAGAAGAAGCGCAAGAAACUCCAGGAAAAAGUACGAGUAGCUCUUUAUGUGCAAAAAGCAGCAUUGCAGUUUAUUGACGCUGGGCAACGUGAUACGUCCAUACUCUCCAGAGAGGUCAAAGAAUCAGGUUUUGCUAUUGAGCCCGACGAAUUAGCAUACAUAUGCCGAUCACAUGAUAGCAAAGGCUUAGAACAUACUGGAGGAGUAGCAGGAUUGGCAAAAGCAAUUAAUGUAUCAUUGAAAGGCGGUGUUAGUUCAGGUGAUGUUCCUCACAGACAAAAUAUCUUCGGUUCUAACCGUUUUGCUGAGAAGCCCUCAAGAGGAUUUUGGAUGUUCGUUUGGGAUGCAAUGCAAGACUUGACUCUCAUUAUCCUUUUGUUAUGUGCUCUAGUUUCAAUAGGAGUUGGAAUCCCAACUGAAGGUUGGCCAAAAGGUUUAUAUGAUGGAGUGGGAAUUGCACUCUCUAUUCUUUUAGUUGUCUUCGUCACUUCAGUUAGUGACUAUAAACAGUCGUUGCAAUUUAAGGAUUUGGAAAAUGAGAAGAAAAAUGUUACCAUUCAAGUCACUAGAGAUGGGAAUAGGCAAAAGAUUUCGAUCUAUGAGUUAGUGGUAGGAGAUAUUGUUCACUUGUCAAUUGGAGACAUAGUUCCCGCAGAUGGGCUAUUCAUAUUAGGUUACAGCUUACUAGUUGAUGAAUCAAGCUUAUCAGGCGAGAGUGAGGCUGUGCAUGUCGAUGAAAAAAUGCCCUUUCUUCUAGCUGGGACCAAAGUACAAGAUGGAUCUGCUAAGAUGCUAGUGACUUCUGUUGGUAUGAGGACUGAAUGGGGAAGAUUGAUGGAUACUCUGAACGAAGUGGGAGAUGAUGAGACUCCGUUGCAGGUCAAACUAAAUGGGGUUGCGACCAUAAUUGGAAAGAUUGGCUUGGGUUUUGCCCUGCUGACGUUCUUGGUUCUAACUGGGAGGUUUUUAGUUCGUAAAAUAUUUCGUCAUGAAAUCACUCAAUGGUCCUUACACGACGCAUCUGAAAUACUCAAUUUCUUCGCGACUGCUGUAAUUAUAAUAGUCGUGGCAGUUCCAGAGGGGCUUCCGUUGGCAGUGACGCUAAGCCUUGCGUUUGCAAUGAAGAAAUUAAUGAAGGACAAGGCACUUGUCAGGCACCUCUCUGCAUGCGAGACGAUGGGUUCAGCUGGUUCUAUUUGCACAGACAAAACAGGAACUUUGACGACAAAUCACAUGGUUGUACAUAAAAUAUGGAUUUGCGAGCAAACUAAGGAAAUAAGAAACGAUAACAUUGAGAAUUUGUUAAAGUCGUCGAUUUCGGAACAGAUAUUUGACCUCUUUUUGCAGUCAAUAUUUCAGAAUACUGGCUCAGAGGUGGUCAACGGUGAAAAUGGAAAGAACAAGGUUAUGGGUACUCCGACAGAGAAGGCACUGCUGGAAUUUGGAUUGCUUGUUGGAGGUGAUUCUGAUGUUUAUAAUGAGAGGUAUAAGAUCUUAAAGAUUGAACCAUUCAAUUCGAACAGAAAAAAGAUGUCAGUGCUUGUGGCUCUUCCUGGUGCUGCCAGUAGGUCAAGAGCAUUCUGUAAAGGAGCAUCAGAAAUAGUUCUGGAAAUGUGCGACAAACUUGUUGAUACAAAUGGCAAAGUUGUUCGUCUAUUUGAAGAACAAAGAAGGAACGUCACAAAAGUUAUCAAUGAUUUUGCUUCCGAAGCUCUAAGAACUCUCUCAAUUGCCUUUAAAGAUAUCGAAGGAGCUUCUGAUGGGGAUAAUAUUCCAGAGGAGAAUUUUACAUUGUUAGCUAUUGUUGGUAUCAAGGAUCCUCUGAGGCCUGGAGUAAAAGAAGCUGUAGAAACAUGUAAAGCAGCUGGUAUUUCGGUAAAGAUGGUAACUGGUGAUAACAUUAUCACUGCUAAAGCAAUAGCUAGAGAAUGCGGUAUCUUGACAGAUGGGAUGGCCAUUGAAGGGCCUGACUUUCGUAGGAUGACCCAGCAGGACAUGGAGGAGAUCAUACCAAAAAUACAGGUUAUGGCUCGAUCUUUGCCUCUGGACAAGCACACUCUAGUGACCCAUUUGAGGAAGGACUUCGACGAAGUUGUUGCAGUAACUGGUGAUGGGACCAACGAUGCUCCAGCAUUGCGUGAGGCGGAUAUUGGCCUUGCUAUGGGCAUAGCAGGGACGGAGGUUGCAAAAGAAAAUGCGGAUGUCAUUGUAAUGGAUGAUAACUUCGCAACCAUACUGAACGUUGCCAGAUGGGGCCGUUCUGUUUACAUCAAUGUUCAGAAGUUUGUUCAGUUCCAAUUAACUGUUAAUGUUGUGGCUCUCAUCCUCAACUUUGUUUCCGCAUGUGUGUCAGGUUCUGCUCCUCUUACUGCUGUUCAAAUGCUUUGGGUAAACAUGAUAAUGGACACUCUUGGUGCUUUGGCUCUGGCUACUGAACCACCCCAUGAUGGGCUGAUGACAAGACCGCCUAUUGGAAGGAAUGUCAACCUCAUUACCGGGAUCAUGUGGAGGAAUAUAAUUGGUCAGAGCCUUUAUCAGAUAGCUGUUCUUUUGGUUCUGAAAUUCCGUGGUAAACAGAUUUUGAAGCUUUAUGGUUCUGAUGCCACCUCUGUUCUGAAUACUUUCAUAUUCAACACCUUCGUAUUUUGCCAGGUAUUCAACGAAAUAAACAGCCGUGACAUGGAGAAGAUCAAUGUCUUCCGAGGCAUGUUAAGCAGCUGGAUCUUCCUGGGAGUUUUGGCCUCAACAAUAUGUUUCCAAGCCAUACUUGUUGAAUUUCUGGGUACUUUUGCUCAAACUGUACCAUUAAGCUGGGACUUGUGGCUAUCAAGCGUCUUAAUUGGCCUAGUAAGCUUACCCUUAGCUGCCAUUGUCAAAUGCAUUCCCCUCCCAGAGGCUCGUUGCGACGACCAUCACCAUCACGAUUACGAACCCAUCCCCAGUGGCCCAGAGCUUGCCUGAAACAAAGACGUACGCAGCAGUUCACUGCAAUUUUGGUAGAUAUAAUGGGCUUCUUAGUUCUUCCUCAUCAUUAACUAAUCAUCAGUUCUUUAGUUGCUCUUCUACUUUCACAUUAUAAGCGUGUCUGCUUUUAAUAAUCACUAAAAUCAUAAUUUUGGUAGAAGCAAGCAAUUACCUACUUCUAUCAAAAUUAUGGCGUUUAACAUGAAAUCCAACACACUGAUCUUAUUACAGAUCUCUCGUCUCCUAAGUAUGGACGUGCAUGAGCGUAUGUGAUAUUCUCUGCCUUCUUUUCCAUUCUAAAUCCCAUUUCUAGGGUACAGUAUCGUUCUUUUGAGUCUGGAAGUAUAGGUUCAUUUGCCUCAUUUCUGGAUUUGUUUUUUACUUUUUAGAUUUAUAAAGGAUACGUUGUUUUUAUAUAUAGAAGUAGAAUAUUGCGAGGGUGCAACUGCAUGGUUAUGUUUGAACUAGUAACAUUAUUUUAUUCAAUUUUGUAAGAUGUCUCCUGGAGAGAUAAUUGGAAAAAUAUAAUCAAGUGAUAUUCAUUUUCUUUGGAUCCUUACAAUAAUAGUCAUCAUGAAGAAACGGAGCCAGAAUUGUUGGUCCGAUUUCUUAUUUCUUUCUA